GUGAUGCUUGCGGAGCCCCACCCCUUCCGGCGGAGACACGCCCCGGGGCGGAGCCAAGAGGGGAGCCUGAGCUGAUGGGAGGCCGGCUGGCAAGCAGCGAAGGGUGACACAAAUUGUCUGAUGAAUUCUGAUGAGUAUCCUGUGAUGGAUAACAAGAACUUGGAAGCAGAGAUCCACCCUCUGAAGAAUGAGGAUGGGAAAGCUCCAGAUAACCACGAGAACUGUGCAGAAAAAGAAGCUCUCUGCAGGAAGCCCACCCGCUUGUCUCAGCUCUCCCGAUGGCGCACUGCUGCCUUCUUCCUUUCAUUAUUCCUGUGCCUGAUUGUGGUGUUUGCCUUUUCGUUCAUCAUCCCGUGUCCAGUGAGGCCUGUUUCACAAAGGACGUGGAACAGGAAAUAUGACCGUGCGGUGACCUACAAGUUUCUGGCUGUAGAAGAUGUGAACGAAGACAAAGUACAAGAUGUUAUCUUCGUUUUCAAAGAUACCAAUGGCAGCAGCAGUUUUAACAGAUCCUGCUCAGAUGAAGGCCUUUCCGCUCCAUGUGCCUUUGUUGCUGCUGUCUCGGGCACCAACGGCAGCACGCUCUGGGAGAGGCCUGUCACUGAAGACCUCCUGUGGAUGGAGUGCGCCAUUGAGCAGCUGGGUGGGGCUCAGUCACCGGGCUGUCUUGUCAUUGGGAACCCAGAGUUACUAACUGCAAUCAACCCUCACACAGGGGAAGUUCGAUGGAGGCAGUUUAACAGUUUUGGAGCUAAUUAUACCGUGGUGACUCCCUUAUUAAAGAUACCAGAUGUGGAUGGGGACGGUGUUCAGGACGUGAUGAUCUUUAUCACUGCAGGAGAUGAGACUAAAAGUUUCAUCUAUUCGGGGAAGAAUGGUGAGCAGAUUGGAACCAGUGGCAGAUUGAGUCUGGGUGCAAGGCCUGGUUAUCUUAUACAUGUGACUAAGACUGGCUCCUACUACGUUCUCUUCAAUACUGUAAAUUCUCUUUAUGGCUACUCCUUGAAGGAUCUCUACAGCAUGGCAACUGGGAUGGAAAGUAAACUCACCAGCCUGAAGCAAGAUUCUCAGUGGGAGAAGAAGGUCGAGAGCCCCACACAUCACAUACCUCUUCUCAGCUCUGGAGACAUUCAUUACCUGGUGAAGGUUCCCGGGAAAUCGGGGGAGAAUAUCUUGGUUGUGAAGUCAGACAUGGCUGAGCUUCUCGAUGGACAAACUCUUAACUCCCUGUGGACAGUCAACGCCUCCCACAUCUUGAGUGAGCCAGUGUUUGGUUACUACACACCUGACGUUCUCCACAUAGUCCUUGAAAGUGGAGUUGGACCCAACAGGAAGAAGAUCAUGAUUGUUGAGGGUGGCUCUGGAGCAGUCCACUGGGAGCUGGAGCUGAAUUCAAGAGCAGGGAGUCCAAGGCCAGCCACUCUCAAUACUGCAGAUCACCGGUCCACGUUCCUCUUCUGGGGAGAGUACCAGGCAGAGGCCAAUGAAACGGGCUCCAAAGUGGCUCUCCAGAAUCUGUAUCUGUUCCAUCCGUCCUACCCCAAUGUUCUCUUGGAGCUGAACAAUAGCCCAGACCGAAUAGUUGCCUUCGACGCGGUGCUGUUUGAGCGGAGCCGGCAUGCCUGCUACGUGUUGCUGACUGGGCCGCAGAGCAGCAAGGGGCCAGGCUGGGUGUCUGUCACCAAGCGAAAGCUGAAAGAGGACAUCGCUGACAGUAGGGUGACCUGGCUGAGCCAGGUGGCGGGGGACAGUGAGCAAUACAUCAGGGACCGCUUCUUCAGGAUGCGAUUCAGCAGCCAAAUGUGAGCUCCCUGGGAGACCCCAGAGAGCCAUCUCAGCACUCUCCUCCAGCAAUGGACUCAUUAAACCCAGAUCACGAACUCGUGUGGGAAGCUGCCGUUCUUGAUCCACAAGCCAAAGGCUGGCUGCUGAGAAAACAGCCACAGCAAAUCCACCUGUGAGCCCGCAGGGCUUGGGCACCCCAAAUCCUGCACAGGUGGCUGCCAGCGCAGCCAGCCUCUGAACUGAUGGGGCUUCAGUCCCUGGCUGUCUCUGAAGUGCCAUCACUUCCAGGAGAUCUGCCUCUUUCCCUUUCUAAAUCACACAAUACCUGCUGCGAUGCAGGGCGUACCUCAGCCGGGGCCACCUUCCCAACACACCCCAAACUAGGACCCAGGGAGGGCAUGUCUGGGUGCCGGAGAGAGGCCUCAGUUGAUUACUCUCACCUUGGUGUUUGCAGUGAGGGAGGGCAUGUGCAUCUGGGUGAGAGAGAGCAAGAUGAGGAGGGAGGGAGUGUGUAUGUGCGCACGUGUGCGUGCGAUAUUGGAUUUUCUUUUCCUUUUGCCCAAUCAGACAGACGGGCUCUCCUGAGUAGGAAUUUUUGCCUUCUCCAAAGAGUGGCGUGGACAUGGCGUGUUUGGUCUCUCAAUGGAAUACCCGAGUGCUGCUCACCAGGGAUAAUGUGGUGAGAUGGGUACCGAGUGAGUCUAGUGGGGCAUGCAAUGGCUGGUGUAUUGGAUAUGGCAGAUAUUCUCUGGCCCAGGAGAGCCACAGACUAAAGUGCAGUUCUACUCUGAAAAGGUCUCUGUAUAAACUGCAGUUCCUCAUUUUCCAAGCCUGCUGCUCCUGCUGCGUACCAAGGUGCAGAGCUGCUGCCUACUACUGGCUGAGAGAAGCAUGGGCUGCUUUUAUCCCAUUGGCCCUGCCGCAGCUGGUUCACUCAUCAGGAACAGAAUUGCGAAUGAAGUUCCAGUUGUAGAUGAUGCAAGAGCCAUAACAAGCCCCUGCCUGGCUACCCAGUCCCUGUGGUUUUAGCACGUGCUCUCUGCUCAUCGGCUGGGCAGAUCGAGUGUACUUGGGACCCACAGGGCUGUUUGUAGGCGCUCUUCAGAGUGGAGCUGCCCGCGUUCCUUGCCAGGAGGAGGCCAGCCAGCUGUUCCCAGGGUGUGUGCUGCUCGUCAGACAUUAAUUCAGCCUCGCGACCCCUGCGAGGAGAGUCCUCUGAGCACUGCUACCUCACUGAGCAAGGGGGACAUGGAGACAGGCUGUGCAGUGUCUGGCCAAGGUCACACAAGGCCUCUUUGGGAAAGGGCUGGCGGGAGAACUCUGCAAAGCCCAGACUCCUGAUCCGCUGCUCUAAUCACUGGGUAACGCUGCCCCUUUCAGUGCUAACAGCUGUGUGGCAGGUAGGACACUUGGGUGCUGCCAUUGCAGUGUGGUCAUAUCCGUUUGCUGUCGCUCUGUACUGAGGUUGCAGUGGGAGGGGCAGAAGUGGUGGGGUGUCUCCUUUUGGGGCCUCCCUUGGCAUGCCCUGGGGCACCAUGCUCCGGGGUGAAAUGCCCUGGGGGCCAGGCACAGCGCAGGUGCCUCAGUCGUACCUCAGUGCCCAGAAGUGCCCUGUCACUGCCCCAGUCGUCACUGCUCCUUGGAGCUCUGUGCUGCAGGCUUGUGGGGUGACUGCUCAGCUGAGGUCCUGGUUCUUUGGGAGCAGCGAAUCUGUGAAUUCUGCCUGCGUCCAGUGGAGCAGGGCUGGGUGCUCCGGGGGGACACUCAGAGGGCUGGCGGGUUGGAGUGGGCGCAUCGCUCAUCUGUGGCGAGAGCAGGACCUGCGAGGCCUCGGGAGGAGUGUGCGGCGCCCGUAGAGUCGGGGAGCUGAUCCCCAGCGGGCACGGACAAGGCUUCCUCACGCUAAGGGCAGGCGAUAAUCCCCCAGGAGGUGUGGUGGGGCUAAGUGCUCGCCUCCCUUUGGUCUGAGUCAAGGCCAUGCGUAGGAACACUGCAGGGUGUGAUUGGUGCUGGAGAGGAGGCUGUGCAGGACAGCGAAGCUGCAGACCCAUACUGCACUGCAACUUCAACUGCUGCUGGGCACCACGCCCCCAGCAUCUGACUUGGCAGCACCUGGCUCCUCAGUUACUCAGAGCCAGGCCCUAGGGAACAACUCCGGCAAAAUUAACUGCAGCAUCUACUGCUAGGGUUUGCUGGUGUAGCAACCAACUGUUUGGCCUUGCACUUCUGCUUCUAAGGUGGCCGGGGUCCCCACUGCACAACGCUCCACCCCUUUGUGAAAUUACACAGUUGUGGAGUGUUAUGCUCAGUGCCCUCACCGCUGGAACAGAGCUGCUUUACUGGAGCAAAUUAGUGGAGAGAGAACGGCUAGCCAUCAUGGGAACCGAGUCUCCCACCAUGGCAGCUUGAUGCAGCUGCCCUGCUCUAAGGUGCACUGGGCAGCGUGCAGUCAGUGGGAUGAUGCCUCAGGUCCCUGCUCCUCGUGUCUGGGGAGGGCUCCUCUCAAGAGCGUUCUCCACUGGGACUGCAGCCUGCAUUGUGUGUUGUGCCACGGAUUCCCUUGGCUUCUCUCUCGAAAUUUAGUUGGGGAUUGGUCCUGCUUUGAGCAGGGGGUUGGACUAGAUGACCUCCUGAGGUCCCUUCCAACCCUGAUUUUCUAUGAUUCUAUGAAUUCCCCUUCUCCCUAACAUGGUCUUUUGAAUGGUCUGAGUGCUGGAAGCAGAGCCAAGUCUUGUGUCUUUGCUCUAGCUCAGGUUCCCAUGAUUUGCCUACCCUUCAGGAGCCUGCCUCUUGCUUGGCAUGUGAAUGACUUGAGACCCAAUGGCCCUGCAAAUCCCUUGGUUGUGCCUUUGGACCUGGGGUAUGCCUUACCGCACAGUUGUGAUUCUCACCUGCACCCUGCUGGUGGCACUGAGCGGCUGUCAGUGAGGAUAGCAGGUUCAGCUUGACAGGUAACCCACCCACCGAUGGCCCAAGCUGAGCUUCGGGAAACUUGGCCCUGCGGGUUGCACCGUGCCGUGGGCAAACAGUAACCCUGCAGCCUGCAUGCCUGUUGGACUGAUAUAUAUCAGCUGCAGAUUAUAUCUCGCUGAACCUCCUCGAAAGGAACAAGGCUGCAGGGGACGUGGUCUGUGCAUCAGGAUUGCAUUGUGCAUUAAUGAUUCUUGCUGUUUGAGGUUUUUCCUCUUCCUUCCUGACCCCUACUCAGACGCAACCCUUUCAGGCAGGCACUCUGAACAUUGCCUCAGGAGAGCCGGAAUCUCAGCCUCGGGAGACUUUUCUGGCUUUAAGUUCCGCUGUUAACACAUUCCCUGAUAACUUGGAAAUCCAGGUUCUCCUGUUAGCAAUGUCAGUGCCAAGCUAACACCCUCAUAAUGAUGCAAGAGUUUCUUUCCAGCUGCUUUUCCCCUGUGUCAUUGUUUUUGCAGUAUUGAAGGAAUGGUUUAAUUGUGACUUGAUUCAGUAACUCUGCUGGGUGCUACUAGCAGAAAUCAUUGCGUGUGUGAACAGUGUAUUUUCUAGCACUAGGAUGAUAGGUUUGGUUCUCUAAUUUAUUGCAAAUGUUGCUGUACUGGGCGUGGUCUAACUGUGUUGAUUCAAUAAACCUCUUUUGCAUUGUUUGUGAACAGUGCUCUGCUUCUGCUGCUGUCUUUAAGGAACCAGCGUGGCUGAGCCCUGAGCUCAGAACAUGCAGAAUUGGGUUUGACAGAAUGAUGGAAAGUUGUAAAACGUGUCCUGAAACAGGCCCUCCCCGCCUUAUCUGGAAGGAGGAAAAUUGCUCUGAUGACAUUUCAGAGUAGAGCAGCUUGUCAUGUGUUGGAUGUAGUUUAAGUAGUAAACUUCCCCCCCUUCAGUUUGUGGAGUUAGUCUUGUUUGACAGUGCACUGAAAUGAAGCGAUGCCAAGGACCAUGUCAUCUGUUCAGCCACUGUGACGCACUGAAGCUGCUGUAUAAAAUAGGGACACCAACCAUCUGGGCUAGGCUUGCUCCACAGCCGCAUCAGGAGCACGUCAUGUGACUGUAACUGGAAAACGAGCGUUCCUCUCCUUUCCCAAUAGCAGUGGAAUUUAGCCUGCCUUGCCAGUUCUUCAGGGGACCUGGCCAAGGACUUUAAUAGGACUGGGUGCAUGUGCCCUUUGAGCUGCUUGUGAUAAAGAGCUGGGGUGUUUUCUCGCUUGUUUUUUCCUUCUAGAUCUUCUCUAAACACACCCAUUGCACCAGAUCACAACAGAUCCAGUUAUAUCCCCAGUUGCGGAUGCCCUUAAAUUGGUUUAACUGAUCCCAGGCAACUUCAGUGAGUAGACACAGCCUUAGAUAGCUCAGGCACCCUGGAGGACACCUCAGUGGAUCUACGUUAGCAUUCACACAUUCACUGAAGGGGCCAGGAGUGUUGUCAAUAAGGAGGGCUUCCUGUCUCCAGAAUGUGAAUCAGUCAUGAAGCUCAAUAGAUGCUAAAUUCAAAGUCCCAAAGGGGCAUAAGCACAAUUUUUUCCCUUUGCAGGUCCCCUUUUAUGCUGCUAAUAAAGGAAUCACUUUUCGGUUUCGCUCAGUUCAUUA